AGCUGAGGUCCCACAACUCUAAUUCACUGAGGAACCCCGAGCCAAACUUACGCCCAAAGGCCAAAACGGCGACCCAGGAAGCCUGUGGAUUCCUUGGGGGCAGGGGCACUUUCAGAAGUCUCCCGAGUGUGGCCAGGCGAAGGCUGUGAAGAAUCAAGAGAAUUAAGCGGUCCAUCCACCGCUUUUCCUGCUCCGAACUACAUUUCCCAGAAGGCUCGGCGGUGCGAAUUAUCUUCCCUUGCAAACUAACCCUCCUCUUCCUGAGCCUCUUCAACUCGGGAAUAGUAGGACGAGUCUGAGAAGGAAGCCCAUUUCAAACGCAUAGGGGUGGACUUCUUCGGGAGCUACGGCCCGAGACUGAGCCAGGUUCCCUGACGCCGCCGGCGCGGGGUUUGACGAGGGGGCGCGCCAAACUCUAAGAGGAAUCCCGACUCUCGGGAGCCAUUUUGUCCGGCACAGGUACGUCUCUGACUACAUUUCCCAGAAGACCCCUCGGCAUGAGCGUUAUCCUCGCGUGAAUUCAGCCUCAAAGUCACGCGCUGGCGGGACCCUCAGGUCUGCACCGGCAACUGUUGCGGUCUGCUGCUUUGGAAGCCUGGAAGGCCCGCGGUGAGGACCUGAGGAGAGGGCGGGGCCGGAGCCGGAGCCCGAGCCUCGGCUUUGUAUGGCGGAGGAGCUCUGCCGUUUUCUAAAAGAGGACCCAGAGGAGGACUGGUACUUUUCUGCAAGUAUCAAAGCCAUGGCUCAGGAGUCAGUGAUGUUCAGUGAUGUGUCCAUAGACUUCUCUCAGGAGGAGUGGGAAUGCCUGAAUGAUGAUCAGAGACAGUUAUACAGAGAUGUGAUGUUGGAGAAUUACAGCAACCUGGUUUCAAUGGCAGGACAUUCUAUUUCUAAACCAGAUGUGAUCUCCUUCUUGGAGCAGGGCAGGGAGCCCUGGUUGGUUCACAGAGAACUUACAAGAGGCCAAUGGCCAGUCCUCCAAUCAAGAUGUGAGACCAAGAAAUUAUUUCUGAAGAAGGAAAUUAAUGAAGUAGAGUCAGCCCAGUGGGAGAUAAUGGAAAGACUUACAAGAUGUGACCUUCAGUGCUCUAGUUUCAGAGAUGAUUGGGAAUGUAAUGGCCAGUUUGAGAAGCAACAUCGUUCUCAAAAGGGACAUUUCAGUCAACUGAUAUUCACCCAUGAAGGCACGCCCACUUUCAGUCAGCAUCCAUCGUUUACAUUACAGCAAAUCAUUAAUAAUAAAGAGAAAUACUGUGCAACUAAGGAAUAUAGGAAAACCUUUAGACAUGACUCACAACUUACUACAGAUCAGAUAAUUCAUACCGUUGAGAAACCCUAUGAAUGUAAGGAAUGUGGAAAGGCCUUUAGACAUCCCUCAAGACUCAGUCAUCAUCAAAAAAUUCAUACCGGCAAGAAACCCUUUGAAUGUAAGGAAUGUGGGAAAACCUUUAUUUGUGGCUCAGACCUUACUCGACAUCACAGAAUUCACACUGGUGAGAAACCCUAUGAAUGUAAGGAAUGUGGGAAGGCCUUUAGUAGUGGCUCAAACUUCACUCGACAUCAGAGAAUUCACACUGGUGAGAAGCCCUAUGAAUGUAAAGAAUGUGGGAAGGCCUUUAGUAGUGGCUCAAACUUUACUCAACAUCAGAGAAUCCAUACAGGAGAGAAACCCUAUGAAUGUAAGGAAUGUGGCAAUGCCUUUAGUCAGAGCUCACAACUUAUUAAACAUCAGAGAAUCCAUACGGGGGAGAAACCCUAUGAAUGUAAGGAAUGUGAAAAGGCUUUUCGUUCUGGUUCAGACCUUACCCGACAUCAGAGAAUUCAUACUGGUGAGAAGCCCUAUGAAUGUAAGAUAUGUGGGAAAGCCUAUUCUCAGAGUUCACAACUUAUUAGUCAUCACAGAAUUCAUACUGGUGAGAAACCCUAUGAAUACAGGGAAUGUGGGAAGACCUUUAAUUAUAGCUCACAACUUAUUCAACAUCAGAAUUUGUACUGGUGAUAAACCAUAGAAUGUAUGAAAUGUGUGGGAAGGCUUUUAAUUACAGCUCAAAACUAUUCAACAUCAAAGAAAUUUAUCUUGAUAAUAAUCCCUCUAAAUAGAAUAAUGUAGAAACAUCUUAUUUGUUGACUACAGCUUAUUCAGCCCGAGGAAAAUCAUGUAGAAGAAUCACCCUAUGAGUAGGAUACAUUUUGGAAGCCCUUUAAUAAAAGCUCAUUUUUCUCUUGACAUGAGAUAAUUCGAUCUAGCAAAUACUAAAAUGACAGCACUUUUGACACCUUUCUAACCUUAUCUUAAACAUCAGAGAGUCCAUGCUGAAAUAUAAUCCUGUCAUUUUCAUUUUAUUUUUUCCCCUAACUUGUCUAUAGUUGUUAUAUUUUUAAUACGUCUUAGAUUUUUAUGACUGUAAAAUCCAUCUGUUUACAUCAUGGUUUGUAAAAUGUCUUUAUUUUAAAAAUACCUUUAAUACCUGAGAGAAGUGACCUCUUUAUUUUUGAAAAUGGCGUAUUUUUGCUCUUUACAAAAUUUAGGCUUUCUUAUUGUAAAAACUUUCAUGAACAACUUUGAGUAAAUAGAGACCCUUUAGUAGCUCCAUGGUGUUUCCUUGUGUUGCUGUAAUCUCAUUUAACAAAUCCCUAUUGAUAGACAUUGUAGUUUCCUUCAGAAUUUUUGCCAUUAUACACAGUGCCCUGGUGGGCAUUCGCCCUAGGCAUAUCUCUGUAUCAUGUCUUCUCUUUUAAUUGCAGAAAUAAUGCAUGAAUAUGUUUUCCUUAUAAAAGAUUUAAACAUUACAAAUAAGGCAGACAUACCCUUUGACCACCAUCCUUGUACCCAUUCUCCUUUCCUGAAGGAGUGAUUAUUUGUUUAAUAUUUAUCCUUUUUGAGCAUUUUUCUAUGUUUUUAUAUAUAUAUAUGUCUUGGUAGAAAUUAUAAAGUGGGGAUAAUUAUAAUACCUACCUCAUAAUUUGGUGUGAGUAUCAAAUAAAUUAAGACACAUAAGUGCUUAGAAUUGUGCCUGUCAUAUAAUAAAUAGAUACUCCC